AUGACUCGGACAAAUGGUCAAAGUUACUCAACCAACACAAACGACGCAAACUACAAUAAAUCCCCAGAAUUUUAUGAAAUAAACUCUAAGUUGGAAAAUUAUUCACAAAAUGUUACUAGAAAGCUAGAUGCUUUAGCGGAAGAAAUUUCAACGAUAAAGGAGAAUAAAGAAAAUGCUGCUUACGGUAUACUGAUACUUGAAGAAACUGUUAAUGACCUUAAGAAGGAAAAGUAUGAACUUAACAGAGAGAAUGAGGACUUAAAGGAGAAAAACAAGAACUUAUUUCAAUCUCUGUCUGAAGUAAGAGCUAAGGUUAUAGAACUUCAGGACGAAAAAUCGAGUCUCAUAACUGCCCUAAAGCUAAUUCAGCGAGAAUCAGUAUCACUAGCAGAAAAAAAGAAAAUUGAAGACCUGGAAUCUGAGAACAAGAAUCUAAGAGCUGCAGCAAGAACGCUACAAGAAGACCUUGAUAAGAGCAACAGAGAAAAGCGAGAAUUCGCAAAAGUUAAAAAACGUAGCGAAAAUGUAUCCAUAACACCAAAUACAACUAUAUCAUAUGAGUCAAAGAACCAGUUCGAAGUUCUCAGCGUUAGUGACCACGAAGAAGAAGUAAACAAAUCUGCAUCAGAUCUGGAUCGAUCAGAGGCUAGACAUCAUAACACAGAUAUAUCAGCCAAACAUGGAGACAAGCCAAGGCAAAGCGGAGACAAACCAAACCAACGCCGAAGCGGGCAAAAUAGUCGAAAGAUCAAAAGACGCCAGCAAUCCAAAGGAAACAUACAAGAUCGUCAAUCAUAUUUGGACGAACGGAAAGAUAAAAGCGAACCCAAAGCGACAAAACAAAGGCAACCUAACAUUGUAAUCUUAGUGGAUUCAAUGUUAAAACAUUUGAAUCCCCGACGAAUUCAGCAAGGAAUUGACCAAAAGAUAUCAAUAAAAACCUUUCCUGGAGCUGGUGUUGACGAAAUGACCCACUAUGUUAAACCGACGCUCCAAGAGAAACCAAAGCAUAUUAUCCUGCACAUAGGUACCAAUGACCUGCAAACGAAAUCACCAGAUGGCGUUAAUUAA